GCGGGAUUCCUGUGCGGUGUCGCGAUGGCGUCGUCCAGCUCGAAGAAGGAAGCGGCGGGGGCGAGGAUCGGCCGGCUGAGCUACUGGAUCCAGAGCCUCGCCUACGCGGCUCUCGGCGCCGCGUUUGCGACCUCCUUCUUCGUCUUCCUCUCGCCCGGGGGUAGGGAAUCGUCGCAAUUUUCCACGAUCCGCCACGGCAUUGUGGAUUCCUCGUUCCAUGAGGAUCAUCAGCAGCUGGAUCUGUGGAGCAAGCCAGCGGCCGCGGCUACCAGGAUCCCGCUGGGGCUCAAGAGCAAAUCCCUGCGGAUUGUGGUGACUGGGGGCGCGGGCUUCGUCGGCAGCCAUCUGGUGGACAAGCUCAUCGGCCGGGGCGACAGUGUGAUUGUGGUGGACAAUUUCUUCACAGGCAGGAAGGAGAAUGUGAUGCAUCACUUUGGGAAUCCCCGGUUUGAGCUCAUCCGGCACGAUGUUGUGGAGCCGCUGCUGCUGGAGGUGGAUCAGAUCUAUCACUUGGCCUGCCCUGCGUCGCCCGUCCACUACAAAUUCAACCCGGUCAAGACGAUCAAGACCAACGUGGUUGGAACACUCAACAUGCUCGGAUUGGCCAAGCGAAUCGGUGCUCGGUUUUUGCUGACCAGCACAAGCGAGGUUUAUGGAGAUCCGCUGGAGCAUCCUCAGAAGGAAGAUUACUGGGGAAACGUGAAUCCAAUCGGUGUGAGAAGUUGCUAUGACGAGGGUAAGAGGACCGCAGAGACACUCACAAUGGAUUAUCACAGAGGUGCAAAUGUGUCAGUGAGGAUCGCUCGUAUUUUCAACACAUAUGGUCCUAGAAUGUGCCUGGACGAUGGCCGAGUUGUCAGCAACUUCGUGGCCCAGGCCCUCCGUAAAGAGCCUUUGACAGUCUAUGGCGAUGGAAAACAAACUCGGAGCUUUCAGUUCGUCUCAGACUUGGUGGAAGGCCUGGUAAAACUUAUGGAAAGCGAUCACAUCGGGCCAUUCAACCUUGGGAAUCCCGGUGAAUUCACCAUGCUGGAACUUGCUCAAGUUGUCAAGGAGACAAUCGAUCCGGAGGCUAAAAUCGAGUUCCGGGACAACACAGCGGACGAUCCACACAUGCGCAAGCCGGAUAUCUCAAAAGCAAUCUCGAUGCUUGGCUGGGAGCCGAAAAUUCCUCUGAGGGAAGGACUGCCGCGAAUGGUUGACGACUUCAAGCAACGAAUCUUUGGCAAAGAUGGGACAAGCUCAAGCAGCGACGAGCAACAGUAAACUCCCUCUUUUAACUAUAGACGAGUAGGCGUUCCUCAAGAACAUAGCAAAGUAAGUUCUUUUUUGCCGGUGAAAUUCCAGCGUUCUUCCUUGAUCCGUUUCGAUCUUUCGCGAAAAGUUUCAAACGUUGAAAGCAUAUUCUUGGGA